AUGACAGAAAGAUUGAGAUCUUCUCACAACCCGACGCACAGAAAACGGCGAAUCCAAGAAAUCUCAGAAACAGAUGAAGCCCCAGUCACUCCAUCUGGGUCCGACAGCGAGUUUAACAGUCCUCGGCCUGCAAAGCAAAUUGAAACUUCAACCCCGAAGAAGAAUGGUCUCAAUAAGAAGACGUUCAUUGUGGGCCUUGACUUUGGUACAACCAUGACGUCUAUAUCAUACUGCUAUUUUAAGUCGAGCAAGCGUCCUGCAAGGUUGAUUCGGGAGAAAAUCAAGGAUAUUACCGACUGGCCAUCUGCAGGCCGGGAUCAGCAGAGAGGAGAAGUUCCAAGUGAAAGCUUGUACCUGAACAAUGAGUAUUAUUGGGGUUAUCAAGCCCGCGAGAAACUUCAGCAGUUCCAUUAUAGCGGAGCAGAGUCAGAUGAGACGGCUAGGCUCAUUAGGUUCACAAAAUUGUUGUUCUCUAAGCCUGAUUUGAAACCGGAAGAUGAAAGAGACAGUCAGCUUCGAGAAACCCGGAAAACCCUGCUUGCCUUAGGUAAAACAGUAUUUGAUGCUGUGAAAGAUUAUCUGGUCCGGGUGUUUGAGUUUGCAAAGGGCUAUCUCAAAGAUCAAGUGAAAUUCACUGAGUCAUGUGAGGUUGAGCUGUGCUUAUCUGUUCCUGCAGCGUGGCCUAUUGAAGCUUCGUGGUCAUUGCAACAAAUCGUGCGUGAGAUUGCAGUUGAAGUGAGGUUUGGUCAGGUAUCCAGCCUGUUUAUUAUAAAUGAGCCCGAAGCCGCAUCUGCAUUUGCCCUAGAUCUUAUGGUAGGCGAUACAAACGUCUCGGUCAGUAAAAGUCCCUGUGCAAGCCCUGAGAGGUGGAAUUUUCGUAAAGCUGACUCAAAAUUUCAAUCAUACAGCAGCACGAGACAUUCAUGGUAUGUGAUGCUGGGGGUGGUACAGUGGUAA